AGAGUGUCAUAUAAUAAUAUACACCCGCCGGUUGUCGUCUCUCGAUCGCCGGCCUGUCGAAAUACGAAUGAUUCGAAUCCAGCAGGAACUCUGCUCCGCUUCCGGUACUGACUCGCCCAGCAGGAGGAAUCGUCGUCUCCUUGCUGUCAUCUUCAUAGUGCUCUGCUUCACUUAUCUCGUCAGUUAUUACGUGCUGUUUGACAACAACAACCGAAAAAGAUCAGAAAGAAUCCAGCAACUCUUGAUGGCCGUGAUGGAAGGCAAUCUGUCAUUUCUGAACCGGGAACCAUUCGAGGGGAAAUUUAAAAAUGAGACCGUGCUGGGUGAACCCCAUAACGUCGUGAUGCCCAGCAUCGUCGAAUGGUACCAACUGGUGGAGCGAUACGACGAGCAGGACGAAUUGCUGGCCCAUGACCCAUCAGCAGCAGUCUCAGCAGCGCCUUUCAAGCGAAUUCUAUUCUGGAAUGAUUUUUUUGGUAUCCCCGAUUUCCGGCUGGGAGUUGGCCGCGACGCCUUCCGCAAAUGGGGCUGUCCCGUUUGGCAGUGCGAAACUUCGACCAACCGAACGGACGUCCACGACUACGACGCCGUCAUUUUCCACAUUUUCGGCUGGAACUCCACCGACUUGCCCCAACGUCGAUCGCCUCAGCAGCGCUACGUUUUCUGGCUUUUAGAAUCCGCAGAAUGGCGAGAAUAUUGGGACUCGAGUUCAUUGGGGAAAAUCUUAUUCAACUGGACGUUGACUUAUCGAUGGGAUUCGGAUAUGGUCAUGCCUUACGGUUAUGUGAGACCCACCGGGAAGGUCCCCCUUCAUCCGAGUGAGGACCAAUUGAAGCAAUUAAUGUCCAAUCAAAAAGUGAAUUAUGCGGCUGGGAAGACGAAAAUGGCGUCCUGGAUGGUUUCCAACUGCGGAGGUCGUAGCAGUAGGCAAGAAGUGGUCAGCCUACUGAAGAAAUACAUUCAAAUCGACGUUUACGGCGAGUGUGGAAAUUUCACGUGUCCGAAGAGCGAGGAUGAAAACAAUUCGAGCGAAGAGUGUCGGGACAUGACAGGCCAAAAUUACAAAUUUUACAUGGCCCUCGAGAAUUCGCUGUGUCGUGACUACAUCACCGAAAAGUUUUUCGGGAUGCUCCAACGUCCGGUGAUCCCGAUCGUCUUUGGUCUUCACGAUCAUUACGACCAAAUUGCGCCAUCGCAUUCCUUCAUCAACGCGGCAAAAUUUGAAAAUAUGACGCAACUGGCCGACUACCUGAUCCUCCUCGACAAAAACGACACGCUGUACAACGAGUACUUUUGGUGGAAGCCUCACUUUGAAUCCCGGUACAAGCAAAAGGACGUCAACAUUGGCAUGUGUCACCUGUGCGCUUCUUUACACAACAAGAAAUUGCCAGCGAAAGUCUAUCCGAACAUGAACCAAUGGUGGGAAGAACAAUCGACCUGCGUCGAUUCACCUCCGAUUUCAUGACAUAAUAAUUCCAUUUCUUGCCAGUUGUCAGAUGAAUAGGCCUAAAUAAACUCAAGUAAAGCAAGUAACUUGAAACUCUCCCGUUGCAAUUG